CGUCAUUCCUGUCAAUAAACUCGUUGUUCCAUGCCAUGUCCCGCCAUUCCGCCAUCAUGGAUAAAUUAGAACGUCAUUUCCAUAUUCGACAACAAGCAAGAAGGCUAGUCAUUUCUAUUUAAAGGAAAACUUGCCGCUAAUGUAGGAAAUUAGAAAGUGUGCCUUAUACUAGCAUAAAUAGUGCCGUUUUUUAUCGAGUUUACCGUUGAUGAUAGUGCAGAUAUAGGAAAUUCAAGAUGGUGGUAGAUGUAGAUAAGCUGAGUGAUGCAGAGCUGCGAACCAAGCUAUUGGAGUUUGGCUUCCCUGUGAUGCCAAUCACAGGCACCACUCGCAAAGUGAUGGCAAAGAAGCUGAAGAUGCUGCUUGAGAACAAAGGAAAGAUUGGGGAUGGUGCAGGCAGAAGGUCUAUGGGCAAGUACUCGAGUGAAGAAGAUAGUGAUGUGGAGAUUGUGAGUGUUAAGAAGAAAGAAAACAGAAGAGCCACAAUGGCUGCACCAGUUAUGCAGCCACCACCUCCUGCAUCAUCACCUGGAAGGUCUAGGAAGAGCACCAGGUUAAAUGAUGUGUCAGAGAUACAGGUUCGCAACAGUUCACCAAAAAAAGAGCUGAAAACUUCAUCUUACACCAGCACAACCACAACAACGCGGACAAAGACAUUCAGACCCACACAAGAUGAAUUUGAUACUGGCUCAGACUCUGAAUCUGACUUGGUCACCAACAACUACAGAUCCUCUCCGACAAAAUCUGAAAACGUGUUGGGAGGUAGUGAGGACUACUUUACCCGCGACGCUUCGCCGAAAAAUCUAUCAUCAAGAUCAAUGGAUAUAUCGUAUGGUGGUGGAUCUUCGCAGCCAGCAUCUAGCAGCAGAUACAACUCUCCAUCGCUUGCCUCCGAUUACGCCAAUGACAGAUUGAACCAGAUUCGCAACAGAUUGAGCCUGGGCGUUCCGUCAAGUUAUGAAAAACCAACAUCCUCAUACGCCUCAACAUUGGAUAAGGAAGAGACACCUUUCCUGAGCAACUUCACCAGGAGAUUGUCAGCAUUGUCGUCCACUCAGAAGGCUGACGAUUACAAAAGUGACAUCAUCAAGGAGCAUGAUACAAACGGAAGUACUUCUUUGUAUGCCAGAAGUCAAUUGGGCAGCUACAGAUCGGCGGCCAGUCGUCCGGCGGCCUCGCCGUACGGCUUCAGAGUGGGUCAGCCGCAAUCCUCCUCGACCAGCCACUGGAGCCAAGGCAACGCGUUCAUCAAGAACAACGUAGUGUCUUUCGCCGUUUUGGCCGGCGCAGCGUUGUUCUUCAUUUUUCUGGCCAUCGCGUACUUGGGCAUGCGCAGCGACACCUCGGUGAUUCCCUCAGAUGCCGUGGUUCCAUACUGCAUUCCUCACGACCCCUCUUCAAAAAAGGGCGUGAACUGCCUUCUCAAAGAAGAUGCUCCAGACGCUUUCAAUUUACUUGCUAUCGUCAGACGGGAAUUGCAUAGAAGAGCUAUUGAUGCAAACUGUAAUGGUCAAUCGUAUCGAAGAAUGCACAUGACAGAGGAGGAUAUCGUCAAGUUUUGUUUGGCGAACUUUCAUACCAAGGUCGACAAAGUUAAACAUGACCUGACAAACUUAGAGAUUUUAAUAUUUAACAAUGCUAAUUGGGGCCUGACUGUCCUAAAUUUGGACGAAGAUAGAGACACUGUGACAGAAAAUGACAUAGCCAGAGAUAUGGAACAGGUGAUUUUCAAUAAGGACUUAAAAAACAUUGUGGCCUUGAUUCAAUUAAAACCAGACUUGCCGUGGACUUGCACAUUUUACAAUGGAAUCAAAGUGACUGUUACUGCUUCUUUGGCCGUAAUUGGUUUGACUGCAGUGCUUUACUGCACGAAAUGGUUGUAUAACAGAUAUAGUCAGAACCAGAGUAGGCAGCAUAAAGAACUGACUCAGAUGGUUGAGCGAAUUUUGGAGAUAUUACAACAAGCUAGCGGAUUAGAAGAUGGUAGGGGAGAUGAAGAAAACGGUUUUGUGGUAAUCAACCAUGUUCGUGAUAUGAUUCUACCAGUCGCUGACAGAAAACGUAAAGAAACUCUGUGGAAAAAAGCAAUGCGGUUUAUCAACGAGAACGAAUCUAGGGUUAGAACAGAAAUUCAAGAGGUGAAAGGUGAAUCUUUUGAAGUUUGGAGAUGGAUUGGAAGCUCUAACCUCAGCACUAGCGGAUCCCCUCCGGGUAGUCCGAUUACAUCUGGUCCAGCAUCUUGGCAAGGGCAAGCUUUUGAAACUGAUGCAGGUGCCGUCAACAGUUUGCCGUGUUCUCCCACAACAUGCCUCAAAGUCAGAGGCAUUACCGAAGAAGGAGGUGGUGCGUCUAAAGCACGCCUAGACGAAGCAAGAGAAGCGGUUUUAUCCAAAUGUGCCCAUAGAUGUAGGAUAUUGCACUGCCAGGCAGAUCAAAGCACAGGCUGCGUCUACUUGAAAUGCGCCACCACUGGAGAUGCUGCUGUAGCGUACAGGAAUCUACACGGGUGGUGGUACGCGGGGCAUCUAGUGACAGUGAAAUAUCUACGUUUGGAAAGGUACAUGCAACGCUUCCCGAAUUCUCCAUCCGGCGGUCCGCCAUUUUUGAAAUCUCAAACACCAGCCGCCGAUUGAAGUGUGUUAAUAAGACAAAAAUAUCAGGAUCGGAAUAAUUCAGCUAAGAGAAAAGCUAGAUUUCAGACUUUCAAAAUAUCGGAAACUGUAGCAUUUUUCUGUGGAGUACACAGCUCUUCAAGUCACUCUAUGUUAAAGUGACACCAUGGAGUAUGAAAUGUAUAACUCCACUUAGAAAUCUACUGCAAUGGAUUUGACGACUCGAAUAUUUGGAUAUUCACAGCUGGUUUUGUGUUGUAAAUAGUGAGUGACGAUACGUGCUUAAAAAAUAACGCAAUCAGUCCACUUAGUAGAUUAUAAUGAAACACUUCAUAUCAUAGUAAAUUUUUUAUAUUCGCGCUUAUACUGCAGGCAGAAUGGUUUAGUUGUUGACAAUAUUGACCGCUUUUGAACUUAUGCGUGUAUGAGUGGUUCCAAAUAGAGUUUAAGUGUAGUUCUACACAUUUUUCAUUGAUCUACCAGUCCUAAAUCCUGUGAUUUCCAUGUCGAUAAUUUCCCAUAUUUGUCAUAACGGUACAAUAACUUUGAGAUUAUAUUUCAUUUAUCCAUCUUCCAGGUGACCCUUUGUUAGUUUUUCUUUUCAUUUUCAUAUUCAUCUACUGUCAGUUUUGAUGGCAAUCUCUUCAUGGAUGUUGGUCUCCAAAUCUUGUAGGGCCCUUGGAAGGUUCACAAAAACCCCCUAGAAAAAAAUCACAAAGGGCCAAAUCGGGAAAGCGGCCACUCGAAAUCGCUCCAAUUGAGAUGAGGCGCUGUUUAAACCUAAUCUCACAUUAUUGUAGAAAUACACCGUACGCGAAUAUAAAAAUGUAACGAAAAAACCAAUGAAGUUUUAAGUCGGAUAAAUAAAAUCUACUGCCAAAGUCAUUGUACUGAAGAAGGUUACAGUUGUGACUAAAACUUUUACAAUGAUUUUCUCAAGACAUGUGGUACAUCUAAAUUCUCUCACUUAUAUUUUUGCUUUUUUCAACCUUAAAAUCGUAGACCAAAAUUGUGAAAAAAAGUCUACUGAGAUAACUUGUUGUUUCUGGGUAGUUCAGUGAUAAAUGUGUUUGCAAAAAUUGUUACAAAAUUCUGUGUAUUAUUUAAGAAACAGUCCAAAUCGUUAAUACAGAUUCAAUAGGGAUAUAAUUAAGUUUGGAAACGUUUUGAGACGACUCAAAUUUCGAACCAUUUCCUUGAGAAUAAUACCAUUAUAACAGGAAUGGUGUGAAUGUUCUAAAAGUUGCUGAAAAUCUGUAUUCGCUUUGUAUACUUGAUUAACAAAAAUGUUGUCAUAUUUUUAGAUUUUUUUUUGACGUCUUGUUUGUGUUUCUUCUUUCACUGUGACUAAGACUAAAUAUUCGUUCCAAAGUUAUCAGGUUUUCUGUCAGGAGACAACCAUCUUAGAAAUAGAUUUUAUUUUUGCUGUUGCUAAACCAGAAUGCAAAAUCCUAAGACAUGACUUUUCCACCACAAAUAUUAAAACAAAAAAUAGUGCAAUCUGAAACGAAUCUCGUAGAAAACUUCAUAAAUUGUCAAUCUUUGGAAUGGAUAUCUUGCAAUUUUACAAACAUUGAUAUUAAUUUUGCUGUAAAUGUCGCCGUUUAAAUGAAUUUUCUUAAUGAAUUCUGACUUGUACAGAAGACGAAAAAAGGCUGAGUACGUUUUUUUUUAUUUAUCAAUGUAUUAUAUGUUUCUUAACUUAACUCUAGGAGGCAUAUUUUUUUAUAGACACUAGCAUAAAUUUAAUAAAUGAAUUAGUAUUAAUGUUGAUAUUUUAAGAAUGUUGGUUUCAUUUUUAUGUGUUUUUAACAUUUAGGAAAUCUUUAAUAUCUGUUAUAUUUUUAAUAAGGUCCUCUGAAUAAACGAAUCAAU